UUCUGAGAUGUUUCUCUUCUCUUUUGCAUAAACUGAGAGGGAGGAGUAAUGGCAGCAAAUAAAAGCAGUAAAAGACAGAGACGAGUGUAGAUUAAAGACCGGCUCUCUCAGCUAAAAGGAACAUGGGGUCUGGUAACAUUAGUUCGGCUGCAAAUCCAUCACAUGGACUGGAAUCAGCUUUGAGACACAUACAAACAGCCUCCAUUCUCAUCUACUGUGUGAUAUUUAUAGUUGGAACUUUGGGCAAUGCUCUGGUUAUCUAUGUGACGGGGUUAAAAAUGAAGAAAACAGUCGAGACAGUUUGGUUUCUCAACCUGGCCAUAGCUGACUUCCUCUUCACAGCCUUCCUGAUUUUCUCGAUCAUUUCUCUCUCUCAGAGUCACCGAUGGCCUUUUGGACAAUUCAUGUGCAAGCUCAACAACUUUGUCACUUUAGUCAACAUGUUUGCCAGCAUUUUUACUCUGACAGCUAUGAGUGCUGAUCGUUGGUUGUCCAUCUGGGUGGUGGUGUGGGCACACAACAAGCGCACAGUCUGCAAAGCUCGGCUCAUGUGUGUUGGUAUCUGGGUGAUUGCUGCGAUCUGCAGCACUCCUUAUGCCACUUUUCGCACUGUGUUAGGAGAUAAUGGGACAUAUUACUGUGGUUAUUCUAUGACACAUGAACAGAAAUGGAGUCUCCACAUUUUUCGCUUUCUUAUGGGCUUUGUGAUCCCAUUCCUGGUCAUAUUUGUGUCUUAUGUGGCCAUAGGCAUACGUGCAAUGCGCAUGUCAAGAACAAGGAGACGCAGAUCUCGCCGAAUCAUUUUCUCCAUCAUUUUUGCAUUCUUCAUCUGCUGGUUGCCCUUCCAUGUUUGCAGUUUUAUAGAAAUAAAGGCUGUGACUAACCCAGACCUCAGGAACAUUGUUAGAAUCAUGGGUUCUCUGACUUUGAGUCUGGCUUUUCUGAACAGCUGCCUGAACCCCAUCCUCUAUGUUUUCAUGUGUGAAGAAUUCAUGAAAAAGCUUCGGCAGUCUGUAUGUUUUGUACUUGAGAGUGCUCUGGCAGAGGACCACAUGUCGUUCUUGUCCACUCGCUCCAUGUCAACCUUUUCAAAUACUGCCCAAAAGUCAGAAGCUGCUGCAACUUCAAAGAGGACUGACACGGCUGAUUUGAAAUCCUUCACAGAAAGCAAAGUGAUCGUCACUCAGGAGACACCGAGCACUGAAUAAGAUUUCAACAUCAGGUAAUUUCAACUGAAAAAAAAAAUCUUUUUUAAUUGUUCGUGUCAAAUUGACUGACACAGUGCUCUCAUGCAUAGAUAUUAAAAAGUGUGUGUUAAAUUGUUACUUUGUUAUAAAUUGUUCUUACUGUUGCAGGGAGUAUCUCGCUGUGCUCCCUCCAAGUGUAAGAAAGAAAUGUUACGACUUUUCUGAUUAGUCACAGUAACAGAAACCCUUUGUGGCUUUGCUUCAGCUUAAAGUUGUGAUUAUUGAUUUACUGAUUAAAACAACCAAUGUUACAUGAAAUGUGUUUUUUAAGGGUUUUCAAGAUUACAUUUGGUAAGAUUUCUAUUUGUGUACAUAACUUUUUCAUCUUCGAGCUUGUUAAACCAUGUUUAUUAGUAUCUGCAUCUAUUACACUGUCAGAGACUCAACAUUUAUUGGUCUCUAUGUAUUUUUAACCUGUGAAUAAAAACAUGCCGAUUAAAUGCUUUUGUCUGUCUUCAUGACAAACCUGACAUACACACUGCUUCACCGCUGAUCUAACAGGAUGUCACAGUGUUCUAUAUUUGACUUGGAACACACUAUGUAAAGAAGUAUGAAGUGCAGGAAAUGAACCACAGAUUCACUCAGCUAGUUCUAGGUAUCUUGCUGCACGCAUAUACUGUUCAGGCCUUUCUCACUCUGGGACUCAAUAUCAGAGCAGUAGUAAUUACACUAUUCACUCUAAAUGUUCUUACUAAAAAAGUUGCUAAAAGUUUGCCUUUCAUGAGGAAAGAUAUUGAACUGUAAAAGCCAUAGUAAAUAUCAGUAAUGUUUGGUUUUCACUAAGGAUUUCCAGAGGUAAGCAAGGUUAUUUGCCAAGUCAGCAUCAUCAAAACUUUCUUUGCCUACACUGCACUGCACUUAACAUACAUUUCUGAACUGGUCUUCAUCAUUUGUGUCCUUUCUUCUACUAGCUGCAAUUCUAGCAGUAUAAAAGGAAGUAAGAAGAAGGGGCGUAAAGGAGCGAGGUGUGGCUUUUGAUGGAUCUUUCAGUCCAGUCCUUGUGUAAUUCAGCAUUCCUCAGCUAUUUUUCCCUGUUUCCCUACCUUAAAAGUGGCUUCUUGACAGCCACCUUGAUGAGCCUUCAUCAUGAGCAGUAGAUGGAUCAGCUGAAGGGCCAGAUACAUGUCUAAUGUUUUGUGUCAAUUAAAUGCUUGUUUUUUCUCCUAACUCUUAAGGACAUGACUUUCAGAUACUUUUUGUAGUACUGAAAGAGAGUACUACACUAUUUGACUGCAAAUAGUCUGUAGGCCUGCUACUUCUUUUCCGGUUCCUCAUUUUUUAAGCACACAAAAAUGCAAUUUUAUGAAUGUCAAACUGUGUCAUCAUUGACAUUUUUUCACAGAGCCAACAAAAGAAAUGAAAACAAAUUAUGUUUUUCUGAGUCUGCUAAUAACAAAUUGCAAACUGAAAGGAACAAUUUAAAAUGAGUCCGUUGCUAAGUUGUCUGUUAUGUGUUGACACAACACUCAUUCAUUCCUUG